AUAUCCUCUGUUAGAUCAUAAAGGUGCAAAGGACCAUCCUGUGCAUGAUUGUUAAAUUGCAGAUGUGUGUUUGAUUAUCUUAAUGAUCCACUCUAACACGUGACAUCAAUCUGGUAACACUUAUUGAAGAGGAUGAAGCGGUCAUACAACAGCUCCAAUUUCCCAAAAGGCUGAGUUCAGGACAUAUGACGGCUAUCCAUAAAAAAGCAAGAAUCACAAAAGGACUCUUAUGGAACAUGAUGAGGAAAAAAAAUAAUCCACACUGAGUGAGUGAAAGACUCCUUGAUGGCAAGAUGGCUCAUCCGGAAUAUCAGGAUGUCAAGAUGGAAAUAGAGAAAAAAGACUUGAGGGCCCAAUUUAAGCAUAUUCACGAAAACAUCACACCAACCGAGGAGAAUUUACACAACAAAGAAUGGACUCAACAUAUUUCUCAGACUAUCACAGCGCAGACAGAAAAUGCAGAUCUGACAUCAGAACUCAACAGUCAGACCAAGACUGAAAAUGAAAACUUCAGCAAGCAAGUUGAAGUCCUAGAAGAAAACAAGGCCUCAUUUACACAACAAAAGAUGCUCCUCUGUGAAAAGCUGGCACGUCUUGAGUGCCGGAGUGUCAAAAUGGAGACUCAUUUGAGAAUGCAAAUAAAAUUUCUUCAAGAAAAUGAAGAUGCUCUGAUUAAACAAAAUGAGGCCCUCAAUAAUGAGGUGGUUGAGCUUGAAAGGUGGGGUGGAAUGAUAGAGAAGCAAAAUGAAAACCUUAAGGCCCAGGUUAAGGUUCUGAAAGAAAAUGAGAAUAUCAUAAAUGAGAUGCUUGAGACCGUAAUGGCAAAUUUGACCCAUGUUGAAACUCAAAGAAGAAAAGAUCAAGCUGACAUGUACUGUAUAAGAACUAAACUGCAGACAGUAAGGUGUCAAUUGCAAGGCCAAAAUGAACUAUUAAGCAGGGUAGAUCAUGGUGAAUUUCACCUGCAGCAGGCAUAUGCCGAAAAUGAACAUUUAAGCAACAAACUGCGUGAACUUGAGGACGAGUAUAACUAUUUGAAAAAACAGAAUAAUGCAAUUCGAGAAGAGCUUGCAGAACAUACAUCUGUCCGUGACCAACAGUCAGAACACACCGCCCAGCUCGAGGCCGCAGUAAAAGACCAACAAUAUGUCAUCUACAGUAAGGAUGUGUUGUUAGCAGAGCAAAAGAGGGAAAUAACUUGUCAAAAUGAAGCGAUAGAAGAGCUAAACUCUCUCGUUAGCAGUUUGAAACAAACAAUACACGAUCUUCGGAGCCAGUUGGAAGUCAACCAAAUGGAAAAAAAAUUCCUUGAGGAGACAGCACACAAGACGAAGAUUGUCAGUGGAAAUCAGUUGGAUUUAAAGACUGAGAGGGAGGACGUGAUGGUGGAAAUGAAAGCGCCUCUUCAGAACCAGCACUCCUUGUUUGAGCAGAAAAGGGUUUUAAAGGAUACCUUGACUCUCUCUGACUCCCCAAGUCUAAAAAUGGGAACAGAGAAUGAAGAACUGAGGACACAAAUGAAGGAACUUCAAGAAAACCAGGUCAGAAUGACUGGGAUGAACAGUGAUCUUCAGGAAAAUCUCUCUCAUCUUGAAUCUGGAAGUGCAAAAAUGGAGACAGAAAAUGAACAUUUAAAGGCACAAGCGGAAUGUCAUAAAGAAAAUGAGAACAUUUGUGAUGAGAAGACAGAGACCAUCCUUUCUGAUUUCUGCCAAUUUAAAUCUCAUAUUGAGAAGGAUGAUAUUGGAGUCCCUCAAUCGAAAAUGGACACAGAGACAUUUUUGUUUCACUUGCAAGAUCAGGGUGAUCUGAAGGAAGGCUUGGAUAAUGUGCAAACUGAAGUGGAAGCAGCAGAGCAGGAAAAUUCGGGGAACAGCAAUGAAAAGGAUAACAUUCUGAAAAUCAAUCAGCUAGUUAGUGCAGAACUAGGAGACCACAAAUCUGUUGAUCACCAGCCCGAAAAUAAUACACACAUGAAAACUGGAUUCCACAAGCAUAAGGUUCAAAUGGAAGAAUCUGGAAUUCUGUUGCUCUAUAUUAAAGAUGACUUGUUACCAAUGAAAAGCAAAGAAAUACAUCAUGGCGACAAAUAUGGCGAUGGCCCUCUAUUUAUCACUUUGGGACAAUCAAUUCGUAACUUUCAACGAAAGUUAAAACGCAUGGAAGAAAUAUUAACUGCAGAUGACCGUUAGCAGCAAGACCCCGUAGACAGCCUGGGGACAAGCAUUUCGCUCUGGUCAUCCUGGACCACAGAUUGCAAGGAUUUACCAAAAGAACUUGUGGAUGCUGCCAACUGUUUCCUGGUGUUUCGCGCCUAUUGAGACUGUUUUAAUCCUUUGUUCUAACAAUAAGCAAUGAUUCAUACAUGGCUAAACUUUCUUGAAACCCAUUUACUUUCUUCCAUUUAAAUAUGACAUCUUUUUUCCAAUAAAUAUCUGAAAAUGUA